AUUGUUUUUAUAAUACUAAAUGGAUAGAACUUUAGUGCAAGUAGUAGCAAUAUAUACAACUAUUAGAUUCCAAUUCUCAAUGGAAUCACACUCCUCAAUUUUACCAUUACUUGCCAUUAUCGUCAUCUUCUUCGUCAUCUUUCUCUUUUCGCCACAAACACAUAGCAAUACUUUAUAUUAUACAUUUCUUCAUCAUUAUCACUAUACUAUUUUUCCUUAAUGUCGGAGCCGGAAGAAGAAAUGAAUCUCAUUUUCCGUCCACCUCCGCCGACGGCGCAGCAUCAGCCGCCGCACAAUCAACGAGAGUCGUCGGCAUCGUUGAUGAUGAUGGAUCUCGAUUUAGAUCUCGACUCUUCCUGGUCGUUCGAUCAGAUCUUCGCUGCUGCAGCAGCUUCGAAUCCUAUGUUCGCUGCAGCUGAACAACCUUCUUCUCCACUUUGGGCGUUUUCUGAUGAAAAUGAAGAUAAACCGACUACUACUAACGGAAAUGCUAUCGCCGGAGCCGGCGUCGGCAGUUUACGGAUUUCUAGCUACCCGAGAUUUCUUACUACUUAUAUUAGUGAACAUGAGGCUGCACCUGAAACUUUGUCUGUUACCGAUGACAAGAAAAGAAUCCCUCCACCAAAUAUGGGAUUAAAUCCUUUAGAUUAUCAGGAUGGUUCUUGCAUAAUCAAGGAGAGGAUGACACAGGCACUUCGAAACUUAAAGGAAUCAACGGGAGAGCGUGUGUUAGCUCAGGUUUGGGCACCUGUUAAGAAUGGGAGUCGUUAUGUGCUUACAACUUCAGGACAACCCUUUGUUCUUGAUCCAGACUGUAAUGGGCUUCAUCAAUAUCGAAUGGUUUCUUUGAUGUAUAUGUUUUCUGUGGAUGGGGAGACUGAUGGAGUUCUAGGACUCCCAGGCCGUGUGUACCGGAAAAAGUUGCCAGAAUGGACUCCAAAUGUGCAGUAUUAUUCCAGUAAAGAGUUCCCUCGUCUUAAUCACGCCCUGCAUUACAAUGUUCGAGGAACUUUGGCAUUACCAGUAUUUGAACCAUCUGGUCAGUCUUGUGUUGGUGUACUGGAGCUCAUAAUGACCUCCCAGAAAAUCAACUAUGCUCCUGAAGUUGAUAAAGUAUGCAAAGCACUCGAGGCAGUGAAUCUGAAAAGUUCAGAGAUAUUGGACUACCCAAACCAUCAGAUCUGUAAUGAAGGUCGGCAGAAUGCAUUGGUCGAAAUCUUGGAGAUAUUAACAGCUGUAUGUGAAACUUAUAAAUUGCCUUUGGCUCAGACGUGGGUUCCAUGCAGGCAUCGCAGUGUUCUGGCUGAUGGCGGCGGGUUUAAAAAGAGCUGUAGUAGCUUUGAUGGAAGCUGCAUGGGACAAGUCUGUAUGUCCACGACAGAUGUGGCGUUUUAUGUGGUUGAUGCUCACAUGUGGGGUUUCCGCGAGGCCUGUGCUGAGCAUCACUUACAAAAGGGACAGGGAGUUGCUGGAAGGGCAUAUGCUUCUCAAAAGUCAUGCUUUUGUGAAGAUAUCGGACAGUUUUGCAAAACGGAGUACCCCUUGGUGCACUAUGCACGUUUGUUUGGGUUGUCCCGCUGUUUUGCAAUCUGCUUACGGAGCACUCACACUGGCAAUGAUGAUUAUAUUUUAGAGUUUUUUCUGCCACCAAAUGAUGGAGACUACACCGACCAGUUUGCUUUGCUGAACUCACUCUUAUUGACGAUGAAGCAGCACUUUAGGAGUCUUCGGGUUGCUUCUGGAGAGGAACUUGAGCAUGACUGGGGAUCAGUUGAGAUUAUCAAAGCAUCCGCAGAAGAAAAACUUGGUUCGAGGUUUGAAUCUGUGCCAACCACCAAGUCUCUUCCUCAGCCUGCUAGUGUAGCAAAUGGAAGGACGCAUCCUGAUCUAAUGGAAGAGCAGCAGUCACCUGUGGCAUUGAAUGGGGCAAAAGGUGCCGAGGGCGUAAAUGGUACAGCUGAGGCCCAUAAUCAUACUUCUUUCUCUGAGAAUAAACCGACUGGUAAGAAAUCAGAGAGAAAACGUGGAAAAGCCGAGAAAACAAUAAGCUUAGAGGUUUUGCAACAGUAUUUUGCUGGAAGUCUAAAGGAUGCUGCGAAGAGUCUUGGUGUUUGUCCAACUACAAUGAAGCGCAUUUGCAGGCAGCAUGGAAUCUCUAGAUGGCCAUCUCGCAAGAUAAACAAGGUUAACCGGUCCCUUUCAAAGCUAAAACGUGUAAUUGAAUCUGUGCAAGGAGCUGAUGGAACAUUCAGUCUGACUUCACUUGCACCAAAUUCACUUCCUGUUGCUGUUGGUUCUAUUUCUUGGCCUGCAGGCAUGACUGAUUCGCCGUGUAAAGCUUCCGAGUACCAUGAAGAGAAGAAUGAGUUCUCCAACCAUGGAACACCAGCAAGUCAUGAAGAAGCUGAACCCUCAAAUCAAAUGCUGGGAAGCAGGAUUAUUGGGAACGAAGAGCUCUCUCCGAAGCAGAAUGGUUUUGUGCGUGAAGGGUCACACAGAUCCAGAACUGGGAGCUUCUCGAGAGAAGAGAGCACGGGGACACCUACCUCCCAUGGAUCAUGCCAAGGGAGUCCUUGCGCUGCAAAUGAGUCCUCCCCUCAGAAUGAACUGGUCAAUUCACCUACACAGGAGUCGGCCAUGAAAGUGGAAGGCUCUUUGGAACCAGCUCGACAGGCCACAGGAGAAACGAAUUUGUCCACCGCAUUCCUAAUGCCUGGGCUUUAUAUUCCAGAACACAACCAACAAUCAUUUAAGGGAAUGCUAGUUGAGGAUGCAGGCAGCUCACAUGAUCUGAGAAAUCUUUGUCCGGCUGGAGAUGUUAUGUUUGACGAACGUGUCCCCGAACACAGCUGGACAAACCCACCAUGUUCAAAUGGAAGUGCUAAGGAUCAGGUUCCUCUUCCUGCCGAGAAGAUGCCACAGUUUUCUACCAGGCCCGAAGUAACAUCCGUUACGAUAAAAGCAACAUAUAGGGAAGACAUCAUAAGAUUUCGUCUUUGUUUGAGUUCCGGUAUAUUUAAGUUGAAGGAGGAAGUAGCCAAGAGGCUAAAGUUAGAGGUGGGAACUUUCGAUAUCAAGUACCUAGAUGAUGACCACGAGUGGGUUUUAAUCGCGUGUGAUGCAGAUCUACAAGAAUGCGUCGAUAUCUCAAGAUCAUCAGGUAGCAAUGUAGUAAGAUUGUUAGUUCAUGAUAUAAUGCCCAAUCUUGGAAGCUCCUGUGAGAGCUCUGGCGAAUGAUCAGAAUUAGGUUGUAAAUAUAUAAAAACUAGUAAAACCAUUCUUGUAGUGCUAGGGUUUUUGUCCAUGUGGAGUGUAGGUUUUGGUUAUGUCAGGUCCUCUGUAAUUGUAGAAAGUUUUCUUUUCAAUUGUAUUCAUCUUGUAAGCCUAAGAAAAUAAGUUUUUAUGCUUUUGUUGGUGCAA